AUGGAUGCCGCCUCAGACCUUUUCAAUUAUACCUCUGGGAGAUGGAUGUAAUUUUGCCCAUAAUGUUGCUAUAGCGCUUACUCAUUGUUGCAAAUCAUAGCUACAACGAAUCUCUACGCCUCAAAGAGCGAGUCUUGAAGUUCGAUGUCAAUGAGCUCAAGAAAGCCGCCGCGGCUGCCAUCCAAAAAGAUGUUACAAAGGUUCAUAAAUUCUCGAAACUCACUGAAGGAGGUUUCAACAGAGCUUUUGAGAUAACCAUCGAUGGCCUAUCUGUGAUUGCAAGGCUUCCCUAUCCCUCAACAUACCCGAAACACCUCACAGUUGCUAGUGAAGUGGCUACUAUCAACCUCGUCAGGUCGUAUGGUGUACCUGCCCCAAGAAUCCUGGGUUACUCAGCUACAAACGACAAUGCUGUUGGUUCUGAGUAUAUCCUUAUGGAAAAGGUGGUCGGCCGUGAUCUUGGGGAUAUCUGGUAUGACCUGUCAGAGAAAGAGCUGUUGAAGGUUCUCUCACAAGUAGGGAAGCUGGAGUCCAAAUUGUUUUCAAUACCCUUUCCUGCAAGCGGAAGUAUAUACCACAAAAGCGAUCUGGGAGCCGACGCCAAAAGCGCAGAACUUUCCGGUGGUGAUCUCUCACCCGGAAAAUUCUGCAUUGGACCGGAUGUGGCACAGAAAUGGUGGUAUGGUGGCAGAGGAGAACUGGCAGUUUCCCCUGGUCCUUGUAAAUAUGACCAUUGUACAUUCCUGCCUCUUGAUUCAAUAUAGCUAAAUAUUUGAGUAGUCACGGAAUCGGCUGAUGUAUUUACAGCUGGAGCGGUGAUAGAACUUGCAUGGCUCAAAAGUCAAGCUCGUCCACGUCUUCCCCGAUCGGUUGAACAUAGGAAUAUCUAUGACUAUAAAAAGGUUUACCCCGCAGAUCACAUGGCAAGCAUUGAGAGAUACCUUCAGAUUGCCCCUUAUCUUGUUCCAGACGGGUCGAGCUUUUUGCUCCGACCAACCCUUCGUCACCCAGAUCUCAACCCUCACAACAUUUUUGUCUCCGAUGACUUCACCAUUACGGGCGUCAUAGAUUGGCAACACGCAUCUGUAUUGCCACUAGUACUCCAAUCCGAAAUUCCUAGUUAAUUUCAGAACUUUGGAGACGAGGUUUCACGCAGUCUCUCAAAGCCAACACUACCCGCAUCCUUCGACCAAUUGAGUGCUACAGAUCAAGAGGGAGCUCUGAAGCAGUUUCGAAAAAGACAGCUCCAUUUCUAUUACAUCGUCGCCACGGCCAAACACAACAGGCCUCAUUAUGACGCCCUCAAACCAGAAUCAACCAUGUCAAUACAGAAGCUCCAACAGUACUCGAGUGCGCCAUGGGAGGGUGACAACAUCACGCUGAAAGCAGAGUUGAUUCGUGCGAUUCAAAACUGGUCAAUGCUUACCACAAGCACCUCUGCGGGCAGUGGCAGUAUUCCCCCUGUUUGCCAGAUAGGCUUCUCAGACGAGGAAGUUGCAAAGUGUUUGAGUAUGGAAGCCGAGCAAUAUCAUAUCGAUGUGCAGAUGGAGAAAGCCCGUGAUCGUAUCGGGGUCAGUAUUGAUGGUUGGACUUCGAAUGAAAGAUAUGAAGACGCUCUUGAGUAG